GAUAUCAAACCAACCGAGCUCUCUCUCGCUCUCUUAAGGAAGGAAGCUAGAGCUUGGCGUAGCGUCGUCGGCCAUUUUGGAGUUUCUUACCACGAUCUCUCACUAUUUGCAGCGGCGUCGCAGCUCGUUCAAUCGAUCGUGAUUUCGUUGCCGAGAUUAUGUGAUUUCUGCUGCAUGUGCUGUGCUUUCGGUGAAUUUUUCGUUUGCUAGGUUGCGUUCAGACGCGUCAGGUGCGGAGCGAAAAUGUCGGGGAAGGAAACGGAGUUAGAGUGUAACGAAGAAAGGAGUCAAAUUACGACCAACUCCCAUGCUGAUUUGCUGGUUGUUGGACCUGGAGUGCUUGGUAGUCUUGUAGGCCGACGUUGGUUAGAGCUGCAUGAAGGGUGUAGAGUUGUGGGACAGACGAAUACCACCAACCGACAUGAAGAAUUGCUGUCGCUCGGCAUUUUUCCAGUCACAAAGGAUUCUCAUUCUGGAGACAAAUUUCCUUAUGUGAUAUUCUGCGCUCCACCGUCUGGUAGUGAGAAUUACGCAGCAGAAGUCAGGGCAGCAGCUCAGAGGUGGAAUGGGGAGGGGUCAUUGUUAUUCACAUCUAGCAGUUUUGUUUAUGACGUUCAUGACAAUGGCCAUUGUGAUGAGAGUGCGCCCAUAACUGAGAAAGGAACGAGCCCUCGUGGGGAUAGAUUGCUGAAUGCGGAGGAGGAGGUUUUGAAGGUCGAUGGAAACGUUGUACGAUUGGCAGGCCUAUAUGCUCGGGAUCGUGGAGCGCACAUGUACUGGCUUCAAAAAGGAACAGUAGAUGCCAGGCCCGACCAUUUUUUGAAUCUUAUUCAUUAUGAGGACUCGGCUGAUUUGUGCAUCGAAAUUUUGCGGAAAAAUCUACGUGGUCAAAUCUUCAUGGGUUGUGAUAACACACCUGUUUCUAGGCAGGACAUUAUGGACAUCAUGAUGCACAGUGGUAAAUUUGCAGGAAAUUUCCAUGGAUUCACUAAAAGUGAUGGUCCUCUCGGGAAAAAGAUGAAUAACAGUCAAACUAGGGAAAGACUUGGGUGGCAACCAAAGUACAAUAGCUUCAAGGAUUACGUUAGCACCUUGUGAGGAUGCGGUCUGUUAUCUCAUUGUCGUCGACUUUCAUUCUGUAGACAUUUUAAGACAAUUUUCUGCCCUAUUUCCGCAUGGUGACUUCGUUAACCUCAUCACUUGGAGAAUUUUUGUAGCAUCUUAGACAGUGAAUUGAUUUAUCUUAUUUCAUGUGUCAUGGGUGAAUGUUUUAACCAUGCCAUGUCCAGUUUGUGGUAAACGAGCAGUUAUUCAGUGUUAAUCUGUCAAGUAUCAUAACUCUGCGCUUUCAUCCAGUCAUGGAUAUGGAUAUUAUGAUGUACAGUGGGGUACAGAAAUAAUUCGAAUUUUUUUCCAAAGUGAA